AUGCAAAAUCAGCCGGCAAGCUACGAGCCAUGGAGGAAAGGCAUCCAACCUGGAUCAAACCUUCUGGCUUUGCGCGCGCCGGCGGUCAUGGUCUUCGGCGCCGACUACUGUGGCCCCUGCAAGGUGCUCUUGGACAGACUCCGUCGGCUACGCCUCCUUGGACCCGAGGGCGCCACCUAUGUGGAUGCGGAAGACCUGGCGCCAGGUGGCGGCGCGGAGCUGUUGAACGCGGUGCUGGCAGGGGCGCCUUUCAGCCCGCCACUGCCGGUGCUUGCGGUGCUGGGUCCUGCGGGCUUAACCCGCCUCGAAGCUGGGCAGGAGCUGCUCGCCUUGGCCGAUGACGAGCUAAUCGCGCUGUGCAGUUCCUCUGACUCCUCUGCACGCAGCGAUGGGUGUCCAGUGGCCGUGGACGCCAUGACCUUCCCAGAAUGGCGUGUCUACUGGGUCAAAGCGCAUGUGGCUUCGGUCACAUCACCCGGUACACUGAGUACAGUGUCUUUGCCCUCAUCGUGCGUCUCCAGCCCUGUCAUCAGCCAUCGGACGAUUGCACCGGUGCCCCUCCAACGCCUUCAGUGCACCCGGCUCUUCUCCCAGCCAAGCACGACUUCCCUCCCAGCCUUCGAGCCGAUUCGACAGGUGUCUGCUCCUUGUGCAGUUCCGAACCCCUUCCCGCGCACGCCACGUGUCGAGGUCCGUGAGCCCUUCCAGCCGACGCCACGAGUGACAAUUGCCACAAGGCUGGCCUCAGUGGACAGCCCACGAAACACGAUUGUGGCUCCGCCGGCGAGUCAGCAAGGGGUGGCGACGCCACCCGUGGAAGCGCAUCUUCCACUCAAGAUCCGAAUUGCUCCCACGCCCCAGAAGGCUUCGCAGACGCCUCGGACUCCACAAGCGAGCUACAGAGCAGGCAGUGGCUGGGUCACCCCUGCAGACCCACUGUCAAGCACAACGCCGGGCAGCAAAGGCAUCUCAGUGAUGCAGAAGCGGCGUGAGCUGUUAAAGCUGAAGGCGCAGGAGAUGCGUGCCGUGGAGCGCCAGCUGAGACAGGCAGAGGCGGAGCGCCGGCAUGCGGAGGCGGAGCGCGUGCGCUACGAGGCGGAGCGCCAGCGCGCGACGCUGCGCCAGCGCAGUGAGGAGGCGCAGCGGAGGCAGCAGGAGCAGCGAGAGAGCCUGGCAUUUGAGCUUCGCCGUCUGGCAGAGGCGAAGCGGCAGGUCCGCCGCGAGGAGGCCAAGGAGGUGGAGCGAAAGCGUGCAGAUGCCCAGAAAGCUCGCCAAGAGGCAGCCGCGAGACGAACGCAAGGAAAACUGCUCGUGGUGGAGGAAAAGCAUCGGCUGGCCGAGGAGGCCCGGCGCGUCUCGGAGGAGUGCCGCAAGAAGAGGCUCAGCCUGGGAUCCGACUCAGGCCAAGCAAAGAGCCCCCGAAGCGAAAACCUCAGAGGUGGACGAAGAAGUGAGAUCUUGGAUGCAAGGCGCAGGGCUGUUCUGGAGAGGGGCCUUACCCACCGCCGAGCAAAGAGCGCCGAUGCCGCGCAGGAGCGCGAGGCGGAGCAGCGCAAGGCCGAGCAAGAGAAAGAGCGCCUCGAGAAGGAAGAGGCUGAACGCCGCCGCCUGCGCCUCGAGCAGCAGAAACGCCGGGCUGAGGAGUCCAAGCAGCGCAUCCAAGAGGCCGGAGGCGCAUGGCACGCUGUCCUGGGCCUGGCGGCCACCGCCACACUCCAGGAAGUGAAGCAGGCCUUUAGGGACCUGGCGCUGCUGCAUCAUCCGGACAAAGGCUUUCAGAAUUGCGAUGACACGUUUCGCACCGUGCGACUGGCGUACCAGCAGGCGAUCGCCAGCUUCCAAGAAAAGGCCAAGGCAGCCGGAAGCUGA